GACCUCACAGAACCAACAGCCUUCCGAUACUCUAUUGCCGACGACGACUAGCCCCUCGACGAUGAGCCAGAAAGUCACGAUGCAGGAUGUGAACAGGGCGCGGUUGAUGACCCUCGGGUCGUGGGCCAUUAACUUCGCGGCACAGACUUACGGGAUGUUGACGAAGCCGAACAUGAAGGACAUACACGAUACCUACCAUUAUGCUUUCUCACCGAACCCGAUGUUCAUCGGAGUGUACUUCUCGAUGCAGGUGGUGAUCCAACUGACGUGGAUCAGCAAGCUCUGGAGGCCGAGCGGCGGAAGGAAGGACGACGCAAGUGCGUAUGGGGAGCCAUCGCAGCUGAAAUAUGCGCCCAUAUAUGCGCUCGGGAACCUCUGCAUCGCCGGAUGGAUGCUGUUCUGGAACAACGAGAAUUUCGUCAUGUCCCAGGCGCUGGUGACCGUCAACUCAUUCGCCCAGUUCUACGCCGUCUUCGUGAUGCUGCCACCUAUGACGGCGGAUAAUGUCUGGACGCACCUUACCGCUCAGACGUUUGCCGGUAUUGGCGUCCUUGAUUUCGUGGACAACGGCGCUGUCGUUUUACGAUUAGCUGGACCACCGAGCACCGCUAUCCAGGUUGUCACCGGACUUGUCUUCGGUCUUGGGGCUCUUUUGACUAACCCCAUCUUUUCCGCGACGAUGCUCUACAACCUCGUCGGCCUAUACUUCGGCCAGUCCGGCGUCUGGGCUAAGAACCUAGCCUGGAUGAUUUUCGCCACGGGCAUCGUGGUGUUCUUCAAGCUCUUGACGUUCAAGGUUCCCGGCCAGGUUCGCCUGUAAGGUUUCCUUCUUGCGGUCUGGUGAAUCACGAUUUCGUGUAGCCGGAGGACGAAUAUGUAUCUGCCUGUUAGUUUCUGAUGUCAUUGAAUGUGAAUGUACCUGUAGUCAUGAUGUACGAUUAUUGUGAAUGAAUGCACAGCAGCUGGAAACGAGGAG